AUGCCUUCUGAAAAACUCUCGGGUAUAGAGAAAAACCCAGUGGACAUCACUGAGGUCUCUGACCAUUCUGACCAUUCUGAACAUUCGUUCGAUGACUUCACACCAUUCCCGGAGCCUACAGCCGAGGAAAAGACCAAACUUCGUAGAAUCAUAGGCUAUCCCAAAUGGCACGUCUACUUCAUCUGUUUGAUCGAAUUCUCUGAAAGAGCAGCUUACUACGGCACCGGUGGUGUGCUGUCGAAUUUCAUCCAGCAGCCGCUCCCCGAAGGUGGCAACGGUGCUGGCGCUCCACCCAGGGACUCGGGACUCACUGCUGGCGCGCUGGGCAUGGGUCUGCAGACCGCAACAGCACUCAAUCUUCUGCUUACCUUUUUGGCUUACUGCUUCCCGCUCGUCACUGGCUACAUUGCCGACCGCUACUGGAGCAGGAUGAGAAUGUUGUGGAUUGGUGUAUACAUUGGUGUUAUCUCACAUAUUCUCUUUGUUAUUGGUGCUGUUCCUUCUGUUCUGGGCCAGGGCAAGCCCGCUUUGGCGCCCUGCUUUCUUGGAAUUGUGACCCUGGCCAUUGCCACCGCCUUUGUCAAACCCAUCCUGUUGCCCACACUGCUGUCUCAGUAUCCGCAUGCAUCUGAUGUUGUCAAAACCUUGGAAUCUGGCGAAAGGGUCAUUCUCGACCGUGACGCCAGUCUACAGAGAAUGACCAUGACAUUCUACUGGAGUAUUAACGUUGGCGCUUUUUUGGCUGUCGCCACAGCUUAUGCUGCCAGAGACGUGGGCUACUGGCUAGCGUUCUUGAUUCCUCUCAUCUUGUACUUGAUCAUGCCCGUUGUAUUAAUUCUGCUAAAACGGCACAUCAAGGACGAGCCUCCCACCGGCAAAUCAAUGGUCGCAGAUUGUAUGAAAGUACUCAAAGUCUGUUUCGAGGGAAAUUGGUGGAGAAGGUACAGAUCCAAUCAAUUUUGGGACUAUGCUAAACCUUCCAAUUUGAGAAUGAUGGGUAGAGAUGGCUGGAGAAAGAAGAAGCCUGGCUUUUACCCUGAAGCCUUGGUUCAGGAUACUCGUAUCACCAUCGGUGCCUGCACUAUUUUUCUCUACUAUGUGAUUUACAACAUCAACGAUAAUGGUAUUUCCUCGAUGUUAAACUCUCAAACUGCCACUAUGACCUCUAAGGGUGUUCCUAAUGAUUUAAUCAGCAACUUCAAUCCAUUGUGCAUCAUUAUCUUCAUGCCAAUCUUGGACUGGGUGGUAUACCCACUUCUGCGUAAGAUGAAAAUCAACUUCAAACCAGUGUACAGAAUCUUUGUUGGGUUCAUCAUUGCUGCUUUGUCUCAAGUUGCAGGAGCUAUCAUCCAAAAAGCGGUCUAUAACACAUCGCCAUGCGGUAACUAUGCUACAACCUGUGAAGAGAAAUCACCAAUAUCCAUGUGGGUUGUGGCUGUCGAGUACGCAAUGACCGGUCUCAGUGAGUGUCUAGCCAUGACAACUGGUUACGAAAUUGCCUUUGAGAGAUCUCCACCUCAAAUGAAAAGUUUUGUGAUGGCAUUGUUUUUGUUCACCACUGCCUUGUCUGCUGCUUUGGCCGAAAUCGUCACACCCUCACUGGUCGACCCUCACUUGGUCAUUCCUUUCGCCGUCUUGGCUGUCCUAGGUGUUCUUUUCGCCGUGGCCUUUUUAUGGAGAUACUGGAACUUGGACAAGGUGAUGGAAGAGGAAAGAAUCGAGAGACUCAGACUCACAGCCUUGGAGGAUGCAACUGGUAUCACCAACGCUUACGCUGAGGGUCACAUCGAGUUUCCCGAGGAAGGAGAGGUAAGUGUGGGUCCAAGCUCAUCGACCACUUCGCUUCACCACGUCAACAAUAAAUGA